UGUCUAAGUGUGCCUGUCACUCCCAUUGUCCUUACAAAGUAUUUCAGACAUUUUGAGCAGGGAGUAUUAAGCUAUGAGCUAGCAGAGGUUGUGACAUUAAUGGUCCGAAAAGGCUUAAGCACGAGAGGUAAUGAUGACAGCAUUUAACAACCGGUGGCAGUUCGGAGGAUUCCGCUGGAUCUCUGUUCAUUAAAAAUUAAGCUUGGCUUUUGAGGAAGAUGUGACAACUACCCGAGGUCAUUUCGUCAUUCCUCAAAGAAUUCCACCAAGAGGAAAGGCACCUCUAGGCAAACAUCCUCUAAGAUGUUUAUUUGGACCAGCGGCCGGACCUCCUCAUCUUACAGACACGAUGAAAAAAGAAAUAUUUACCAAAAAAUCAGGGACCACGACCUCCUGGACAAAAGGAAAACUGUCACUGCUUUGAAAGCUGGAGAAGAUCGGGCCAUUCUUCUGGGACUGGCCAUGAUGGUGUGCUCCAUUAUGAUGUACUUUCUCUUGGGAAUCACACUCCUUCGUUCCUACAUGCAAAGUGUGUGGAUAGAAGAGUCUCAGUGCACACUGCUCAAUGCAUCCAUCACAGAAACAUUUAAUUGCUCUUUUAGCUGUGGUCCAGACUGCUGGAAAAUCUCACAGUAUCCCUGCCUGCAGGUCUACGUUAACCUAACUUCUUCUGGGCAAAAGCUACUACUUUACCACACUGAAGAGACGAUGAAAAUCAAUUCAGAGUGCUCCUACAUUCCUAAGUGUGGGAAAAACUUUGAAGAAUCCAUGUCCCUCGUUAACGUCGUCAUGGAAAACUUCAGGAAGUACCAACGUUUCUCCUGUUUUUCCGACCCCGAAGGCACUCAGAAGAAUGUCAUAUUAACCAAACUGUACAGUUCUAAUGUACUUUUCCAUUCUCUCUUCUGGCCCACCUGCAUGAUGACUGGUGGCGUGGCCAUUGUGGCCAUGGUGAAGCUCACUCAAUAUCUCUCCCUCCUCUGCGAAAGGAUCCAACGGAUCAGUAGAUAAAAGCAAAAAUCGACGACAUUUUCUUUACAGCUCAAACACUGUUUUUCUCAUUCUUCACCAAAGAACCUUAAGUUUGUAACAUGCAAGUCUGUUAUGAGUUCCUAUAUUCUUCUAUGUAGAGCAAUAAUGCAAAAGCUGUUCUAUAUGCAAACAUGAUGUUAUUUAUUAUGCAGAAAAAGAAAACUGUUUUGUGUUGGUGGUUUUUCACAAUCUUGUUUUCAUGUUGGAAAUGGUAUUUCCUUCUUUCCUUCAGCCAAACCAGGACUCAGUUCAUCAUUUGCCAAGCUUUGGUAAAGACGGUAGAAACAUGUGUCAGUGUGGAAUGUUCUGUGUUCGGGGACAUCAGAUAUCUUGAGUACAUUUCUGCAAUAUUUCUCAUUAUCUCACUGUAAACUAAAGCUGCAGCCAAAAAAAUGUUUCAUUUCUUUACUCCUAACUGAGCCCUUAGCCAGCGAUGAGACCAGAAUACCUUACUAAAGGACAUUAAACAUUCUGCUAACAUAUCACUCUUAAGGGAAAAGAGAAAAAAAAAAAAAAGAAUCCAGCCAACUAUAUAUUUAUAUAUUUUUUUUUUUACCUUGCACCCACUUCAGAAUUUUUUUACUGGAUCAAACUAUAAAAGAAGCUUUUAAAUAAUGUCACAUCAUAACUUCUUGCUAAUCAAAUAGGAAAUGGACAUCAUAACUGCUCUAGUUAAGAUUCUUAAUCAAUGAGGUGAUGACACUAACAAGAUAAAUCACAAAAUCCAAUCAAAUGAUUAUAUCUGAAAUCCAAUACAGCCAAUGUCAUUGCAAUUUUUGGAUUGGGAAUCCUCUCUCCUCUGUUUUCUCUUUCAAUUGAGCUGUAAGAUGCCAAUAUGACCUCUGCAAAUUAAGCAGUGCUGGCUAGUUUGAUUUUUGAAUGGGGUCAAAUAUGGCAAACAGUGAUAUUAAUGUUUUAAAAUUGUUAUAUAAGUGAAUUGAUAUGUAGUCUUUCGUACUGAAUGAGUGUAUUCUAUGGACAUUUUACAACUGUGCGCACCAAAUAUAUGUUUUCUCUGCAUA